AUGUCUACGCUGCAAGCCGUCAAGUACACCCGAGGCAAGCUGGAAGUUCUCGACCAACUGCGCCUCCCCCACGAAUUUCACUACGAUGCCAUCUCCAACCGCACCGAAGCCUUUGACAGCAUCGCAUCCAUGAGGGUGCGCGGCGCCCCCGCCAUUGCCAUCGUAGCCAGCCUCGGACUGGCCGUCGAGCUCCACACCGCGGGCGUCCCUGCCGACUCGGUCGAGGACACAGUGUCGCACAUUAACUCGGCGCUCGACUACCUCAAGACCAGCCGCCCCACAGCCGUGGACCUUACCAACGCCAUCAACCAGCUCAAGGAGCGCAUUAGGGAGCCGGGGAAUAAGGACAAGGCGGCCGUCAUCACAGCAUUCAUCGAGGAGGCCGAGGCCAUCUUUGCCAAGGACCUACAGACAAACAUCUCCAUCGGCACCUCCGGCGUCGAGUGGCUGCGGGCCAAGGCCGGCGCGUCCAAGGAGACACCCGUCUCUGUCCUGACGCACUGCAACACAGGAUCCCUCGCCACUUCGGGCCACGGCACAGCCCUGGGUAUCAUCCGGUCCCUACACGAGAAUGGUAUCCUCCGUCACGCCUACUGCACCGAGACCCGCCCCUACAACCAGGGCAGCCGCCUGACGGCCUUUGAGCUCGUCUUUGAGGGUAUCCCCAGCACGCUCAUCACCGACUCCAUGGCCGCCGCUCUCUUCCGCACAAAGAAGACUGAGGCCAACAUUGUCGCCGUCAUCGUCGGCGCUGACCGUGUCGUCCGAAAUGGCGACACCGCCAACAAGAUUGGCACCUACCAGCUCGCCGUCCUCGCCCGCCACCAUGGUAUCAAGUUCCUCGUCGCCGCCCCGACCACCAGCAUAGACCUCGAGACCACCACGGGCGACGGCAUUAGGAUCGAGGAGCGCAAGAAGGAGGAGCUCACGCAGAUUACGGGUGCCGUCAUCCGCACUGAUGGCUCCGUAGAUGAGAACUCCAAGGUCAGGAUCGCCACGGCCGACCAACGCGUCGACGUCUGGAACCCAGCUUUUGACGUCACCCCGGCCGACCUCAUCGAUGCUGUCAUCACCGAGAAGGGCGCCGUCGAGAAGGACUCCGAUGGUAAAUUCGACUUUAGCCACAUUAUGUCUGAGCGUUGGGCAAAGGUUAUCGGCAAGUGA